UCUCCUCCAGUGUCUCUGAUCAUCAAUCCCAGCAGAACUCAACACUUUACUGCUGACUCUCUCUCACUGAGCUGUGAGGACCAGAGUGACUCUACUGGAUGGACAGUGAGAGGAUACACACACAGUGAGGCAGUGUCUGAUUGUUCAUCAGUUUCAGGAUCUACAUGUAACAUCCGCUCCCUCUCUACAUCACACACUGGAGUUUACUGGUGUCAGUCUGAAUCUGGAGGACGCAGUAAUCCUGUCAACAUCACAGUGCACCAUGGUCAUGUGAUCCUGGACAGUCCUGUCCAUCCUGUGACUGAGGGACAUCCUCUGACUUUACAUUGUUUAUCUCGCAACUCAAAGACCUCAGCUUCUGGUGUUGAUUUCUAUAAAGAUGGUUCAGUGCUGCAGAACAAGACUACAGGAGAGAUGACCAUCAGUACUGUCUCAAAGUCAGAUGAAGGUUUCUACCACUGUAAACACCCAGAGAGAGGAGAGUCACCCAAAAGCUGGGUUUCAGUCAGAGACUCAGGGUCUGGAUCCAGUACUGAUAUAGUAUUUGUGUCUGUGGGACUGAGUUUGGCCUUGCUGUUCAUCAUCCUUUUACUGAUCCUGCGUUGGUGGCACAAAUCCAUCCAAGGAAAGGACAGAGACAUACAGCAGAACAGCAAUCAGACACCAGGCCAGAACCCGAGUCAGUCAGGAGCUGAGGAUUCUCAGUCAGGACACGCUCCACUUCAGACCGAUGUGCACAUUUAUGCCACUGUGGAGAACGCAAGUAAAAGUGAAGCUGCAGCUGAACUCAGUGGGGCCGUUUAUGCACAGGUCAUGAAGAAAAAGGAGUCAUACAAGAAUAAAGAUGAUGAUGCUGGACCCAGAGAUGUGAUUUACACUGAGCUUGAAAUCAAGCCACAGAAAAAAGCAAAGAAAAAUCAGGUGAAGGCCAGUGUAGAGUAUGAAACUGUUUAUUCACAGCUGAAGCAGAACACAUAGGUGCUGGAGGAGUGAAUACACAACUGAACAGACGAGAGAGAAGAGAGAGAGAAGUUCAUCAUGUGUGCAGUGACAGUAAAAUCGGAGUGAGAUUGUUUUGUACAGGUUCUUUGCACUUAUUUGGUUUAAAAUGUGUGUGUGGGGGGAUUAAGAACGUGUGUAUGGACAGCAUUAAGAAGUAUUUACAGGGUGUAUUUUAUUGAUUACUUGUGCCACUAUUAGGACUGGUUGUAAAGCAAAAGGAUUUAGUAGUAAUAGUAAGAGUAAUUAGUCAAUGUGACUGAACUUUUAUUCUUGAAAAUGUUUUUUCACUCGUGUGAGGGGCUUCAUCAUGUCAUCUGUGUGCAGUUCACACCACCAGAACUGAAAGUCGUUAUCAUCACAUACAGAGAUACACUGAUGUAUUUUCCACCACACGGUACAACCACAAUCUCCAGCCUACAGUUAAAAAGAUCAUGUAUCAUUUCAUCAUAACAAAUAUCACUUCAUGGUUUCAUUGUAUUAAGCAUGUAUUGUAUUAUUUGGUUUAAAUUUGUAAGCAUUUCAGCAAUUACAGUUGUACUUUUAGGUCACACAAAUGAUACCCUGCAUUAAAAUAUACAUGUAUACAAAGCAGCUGUAUUUUAUUAAGAGGCGUUAUUCACUGAUUAACCUCCAGUUGCUUUACAAGUGAUGACGUCCUAUGAAACAAUGCAUAUAUUCAUUCUCAUGCAUCAUUAUUGUUGUACUCUACAAGAAAAAUACCUGCAUUGCAGUAGAAAUCAUCAGCUCUGUUUCUCAUUAAUAUUAUGUUUAAAAAGUGGCUAAAGCUAAACAGAGAGCAUGAAAAAUUUCAGAUGAGGAAAUAUUUUAAAGUGGUCAUUUUAUCACCUUUACGCACUUGUCAAAAGAUUACAGCAGUGCCAUCUUCUGGGUAUAAUUCAUUUUAGAAAAGUCUAUGCAUUAUUAAAUUCUAUGUCUUUGAAAAUGUACA